UCUUACUUUGUGACAGGAUUAAAGAUAAUAUAUCUUAAUUCUUAAGUACAUCUUUAAUUGAGGACAAUUCGUGUCUCGUGAUAAACGCAGAAUAUUACUUUUCUUCUGUACAUUUAAAAUUAUAUUACAGUAAUUAUAGACGUAUAGCCGUGUUAGCACAGAUAUGGAAAAUGUAAGUAUUAGACUCUGACUGAAAUCUUGUCUGUUCUACCGACCAAGGUCAAUGAAAAAAUAGCAGCUACUACUACAAUACUUACUAGAAUACAUAAGUUUCUACUCCAAAUUGCAAGUUUUAUAAUAAUAAUUAGUAGUUACUUGAACAUUUUGUUUUUUCAAAGGACUACCCCUUUUCUAAAAAUGUCUGACGAGGAGAAUGAUCGUUUUGAAGAAGAACAAAAUUUGUUAGCUAACAAUUUUGAAACUAUACCACAUACACCAAGUGCUUGGGAACAAGACAUAUACGAUGUUGAUGAAGAUCCAGAUCCCCAUGCUACUCCGGAAAGGGAGAUUUUAUGGGCUGCUGAACAAGGCAAAUUGGAUUUGGUCAGAUCAUUGGUGUUAAAACAUACUCACUUGGUUCAUGUCCAUGAUAAAGACGGUUAUACAGCUUUACACAGAGCAUGUUAUAGUAAUCAUCUUUCAAUUGUUGAGUUUUUAUUAGAAAAUCAUGCAAAUCCAAAUGCUCGGACAGCUGAUCAAUGGACACCAUUACAUUCUGCUUGUAAAUGGAAUAAUGUAGAAUGUGCUGAAAAAUUAAUAGAAGCCGGAACUGAUAUAAAUGCUUCAACUAAUGGUGGUAUAACACCUCUACAUUUAGUAGCAGAGUUGGCUGAUUCACAUAAUCUGAUUGAACUUUUAUUGUCUCAACCUGGUAUUCAAGCUGACAUAAAACUAUCAAAUAGUACAGGUGAUACACCAAAAGAUAUUACAGCUCGAAAAAGCAAAAAUGAAAGACUUUUUGAAUAUUCUGAACCGUGUUUCAACUAUAUAUGAAUUGAAAAAUAAUUAUUCAGACCAAAGACUAAUACAAGGCCCGCAUGAUGCUAAUAGUACUUUUUUACUGGGGUGUGUACUAAUUGAAUUUAUGGAUUGUGUGUAUGAAACAUUGUUAUUAGGUUUUAACUUCUCUAUAACUUUAGCACUGACAAAAUCCCAACACCACAGAUGCCCACAGGUUGAUCCACUUAUUAUUAUGCUAUCAUUAUGAAAUACACAGUUUUCUAUAAAAUAAUCGCCGACUGUAUGACCUGUAUACCUGUAAAAAUUUUUGUAUAUAUAAACUAUGUAAAUAUGUUGUCUUAAAGAAUAAAAAUUUGAUAUAAAAUGUCAUACUCAUUCAAUAA